AUAUUUUCAAUAACUCGGAGUAACGCCAAGAUAUGUCGACAUUUGUAUGUGUGUGCUGAACUGAUACGGUUGUUGGAUGUGAAUGCAUGUUACGUAAUAGGGACAUGCAAGCUCGCGGCUUGAAUACAUCUCUGCAUGAUUUCCAUGUGGGGCUAGUCUAGUGAGCAGCGAUGGGGAAAGAGAAGCUUCAUAUCAACAUCGUGGUGAUCGGCCAUGUCGACUCGGGCAAGUCCACCACCACAGGUCACCUGAUCUACAAGUGUGGCGGCAUCGACAAGAGGACCAUCGAGAAGUUCGAGAAGGAGGCGGCCGAGAUGGGGAAGGGCUCCUUCAAGUAUGCCUGGGUGCUGGACAAGCUGAAGGCAGAGCGCGAGCGGGGUAUCACCAUCGACAUCUCCCUGUGGAAGUUUGAGACCAGCAAGUACUACGUCACCAUCAUCGAUGCUCCAGGACACAGGGACUUCAUCAAGAACAUGAUAACUGGCACAUCGCAGGCGGACUGCGCCGUGCUGAUCGUGGCGGCGGGCGUGGGAGAGUUCGAGGCAGGCAUCUCCAAGAACGGCCAGACCCGGGAGCACGCCCUCCUGGCCUACACGCUGGGGGUCAAGCAGCUCAUCGUGGGCGUCAACAAGAUGGACUCCACCGAGCCCAACUACAGCCAGAAGCGCUACGAGGAGAUCGUCAAGGAAGUCAGCACCUACAUCAAGAAGAUCGGCUACAACCCGGACACGGUGGCCUUCGUGCCCAUCUCGGGCUGGAACGGAGACAACAUGCUGGAGGCCAGCCCUAAUAUGACCUGGUUCAAGGGCUGGAAGAUCACCCGGAAGGAUGGUAAUGCGUCUGGCACCACUCUGCUGGAGGCCUUGGACGCCAUCCAGCCCCCCUCCCGACCCACAGACAAGCCCUUACGCCUGCCCCUGCAGGACGUCUACAAGAUUGGAGGUAUUGGCACAGUACCAGUGGGCCGUGUGGAAACAGGGGUCUUGAAGCCUGGUAUCGUUGUGACCUUUGCCCCCGUCAACAUUACCACUGAGGUCAAGUCUGUGGAGAUGCAUCACGAGGCCCUGACGGAGGCGAUGCCUGGUGACAACGUAGGCUUCAAUGUCAAGAAUGUGUCCGUCAAGGACAUUCGCCGUGGCAACGUGGCGGGUGACAGCAAGAACGACCCACCGCAGGAGGCAGCAAACUUCACCGCUCAGGUGAUCAUCCUGAACCACCCAGGCCAGAUCAGCGCUGGCUAUGCCCCCGUGCUGGACUGCCACACCGCCCACAUCGCCUGCAAGUUUGCCGAGCUCAAGGAGAAGAUUGACCGCCGCUCAGGGAAGAAGCUGGAGGACAACCCAAAGGCGCUCAAGUCCGGGGACGCCGCCAUCGUGGACAUGAUCCCGGGGAAGCCCAUGUGUGUCGAGAGCUUCUCCGAGUACCCUCCUCUCGGGCGCUUUGCGGUGCGCGACAUGCGUCAGACGGUAGCGGUGGGCGUGAUCAAAGCCGUGGAGAAGAAAGCCGCGACCAGCGGCAAGGUCACAAAGUCCGCCCAAAAGGCCCAGAAGACCAAAUGAACGUUGUGCUGGGCUAACGCCCCCAACGCUCGCCCCGGUUGCAGAAACCCCCCUGCCCCGCCCUUCCCACACGCCAUAGUCAAAGUCUGGUCUAUUAUCACAAUGCAUCGAAAGAGCCGUCGAAGGAAAAAAAAUGACACAGGCCUUACACUGGUAAACGGUUGAAGGAGGAAGUGUCCUAACUGUUUUUGUUGUUGUUUAUUCUGACGCUGUUUAUACACAGCAAAAUUGAACUAUGGUUAUGUGAAGGGAAGUCCAGUGAAAUUCUCUCCUUUUCUCAUUUGCUGUUGUAGUUAGACGCUAAUCAGUCUACGCUAAUCAGUGUUUGUUUGCGGUUAGCUAGCAGUCUAUAGCUAUAGCUGAUUGUAACUGAGUGAUAACGUUACAUACAUUUUAGUUUGUUUAUUGUUGCAAUAACUUUGUCUAAUAGGAUAUAUGCUGUCUGGCCUGUGUUAGUUUGGCUUUUUGCAUGCUCUUAGUGCACUUUAACUGCUAAAAAUGCAACUUCCAAAACUUAGUCUUGAAAAAAAUCCGGAAAUAAUUGUUGACUGUGUGACUUUGUCUGUCUUAAGCUUCCUUGCACUUGCACUGUAAAACUUUAUUGAUACUGUUCCCAGUUCUGCACCUUAUCAGAUGUUUGUUGUGAGCCUAUCUGCAUAACAUUAAACAUUUUAAAACAUGAAAA